AUGUCGUCUCAGCAGGCUCUCAAUGCCCUUGGCCACGCCGUAUCUGGCUCUGUAGGGACAGCCAUAUCAACAGCAUCUCUGUACCCAUUGGACCUGGUUACGACUCGACUCAAGGCGCAGCGAAAGACGGGAGGCUCUACAGGCGACUACGAUGGUGUCAUUUCAGCUUUCAAAGGCAUCCCCGCCAACGAAGGAGGGAUCAAGGCACUGUACAGUGGACUAGGAACAGAUGUGGCCAAGUCGGUCGUGGAUAGUUUUCUAUUCUUUGGCUUCUACAACUAUCUACGCCCUCGACAUCGCAAACCCAAGAUUGUCGAAGAGCUUCUUGUGGGCGCCGUCGCUGGAGGGUGUGCCAGGGCUCUCACCACCCCCAUUUCGAAUGUUGUCACGAGGAAGCAGAUGUUGGGGAGUGAGCAGUCGCUUAUGGAUAUUCUCUCCGAGAUUCGAAAAGAAAGCGGAUUGCUUGGUCUCUGGUCUGGCUAUUCGGCUACCCUGAUGCUCACUCUGAAUCCCAGCAUCACCUUCUUUGUCAAUCGACGGCUGGCAGCGCGGAUCUUACCAGCACUCGAAGAAGAGGACUUUCCAGUGGCAUGGAUCGCCUUCUUGAUUGCCGCCUCGAGCAAAGCUACUGCCACUGCCAUCACAUAUCCUUUCCAGACAGGCAAGACGCGCCUUCAAAUGGCGGGUAGCUCGGUGAGCACGGCGGAUGCUGAUGUGGAGAAAGGGCAGAGCGGAAAUUCGAAGCGCAAGCAUAUACUGCGGAGGAUACUUGAUCUUCUCAAUCAGUCCAUAUUUGGCGUCAUUAUUCGCAUCAUUACCAACGAGGGUAUGAAAGCACUCUACGCUGGACUUCAGGGAGAGCUUCUCAAGAGCUUCUUCAGUCACGGAUUGACAAUGCUCACCAAGGGUGUUAUUCAUCGGUUUGUUGUUCGUGUAUGGUUUAUGAUGCUGUUGCCCUACUUGCGACAGCGAAGGCUGCGGAUGAAGUGA